AUGAACAGCCUCGUCAACUCGGCGGCGUCGCUCUGGUCCACCGCCAUCGCUGGCAGCGGUGGCGCACUCCUCACUGUCGUCAGACAGCAGUCAGGCACCGAUAUCAACGCCAUCGUGAUGCAGGCCGGUGCGAUCGAUUCUUUGGAGCAUCCGCUCACUCAGUUUGCCAAGGACAUGGCAACCACCGUCGAUCCCUGCACCUCCUCCACGGCGCCGCCCGAGCAAUACGCCUCGGUCUUCCUCGCCCAGGCCAACCGGAACAACUCGGUGAUGGUUCCGGCCGCAGGCGACAUACUCGCUUUUGGCUACGUUGUUGAUGGCACAACUGCUCGCGUGGCACUGGCGUACGGCGAAGAUCUCAUCGAGUACAGCCCGACUGCGCCGCCAGUCUGCGGCAUCAAUAGGCCGUCGUGGGAUGCAUCGGACACCGUGCCGCCGCCACCGGCGCCGCCACUUGACAUUGCAGCAGUCGUCCGCGAUCCGGCCCGGGGCAGCGCCGGCUGGUUCGUCUUUUCAUCGCAUGGCAUGACCUACUGCGAGACGAGGACGCCCUGUACCCUGGUCACCUCCUCCAUGCUCCCGGCCAGCGUGACCGGCUCGGUCCGGCUCUUAGAUGCGACCAUCGUCAUGGCACCGGGCACUUUGAAGCGGCUGGCUGUCCUUCUGCUGGCGAUAGAAGAUCCCAGUUCUUCGCCGAGGAGAAUUACAACCGAUGCCUUUGUCUGCACUGGCAUCGAGCCCUUCACCGCUGCCAGUGUGACUUGCGCCGCUGCGGGGCUGGACCUUACCCUCCAAGUCGACCCACACUUGACCACUCUCCCGUCGGGCGACGUCAUCCUUCUCCACCGCGACGAGUUUGGUCCAGGAUUCAUCUCGCUCUUUCUCGUUCAUAUCUCGUCCACAAGCGACCACAGCCAGCCGUCGACAUUCACCCGGCGCAUCGAUGCCUUUCCAUGGUUCGAGGGCUACGACGAGGGCACUGAUUCCGCUUUUCGGCUGCUCUACGAUGGCCUACGCGACCGGCUGGUCCUCAUCUACUUUGUCCAACCGGGCAUCAACGGUCUUCCGCCAAGCGACUCAAUUGUGGUCCAGGACUGCUCAUUUGCGCGCUCGCUUGACGUCUUCAACUGCCUAGUUUCAAUCUUCGAGAUUCCGUCCCACGGGCACGAGGGUGCGGUCUCGCGCGCGUUUGAGGCCGAGAUCCGCGCCGACAGCACCGGGCGCUCACUCCUCACCAUCUAUGUUGCCGGUUACCUGGAUGCAAACCCGCCGGCGACGCCGUACACCGAGAGCGGACUGUAUGCGCUCAACUACAACCUCGAGUUUGGGUGUCGCGAAGGUUUUCUGCCAGGUUCGUCACCGGCCUGCCUCGGUUGCGGGCCGGGCAACUCAUCGGUGGUGGUCGGGAGCGAGCUGGUGUGCAGCCCUUGCGAUCAAGGCACCUUUGCGCGUCGAAUCGGAACGCCUCAGUGCGCGACGUGCGACCCGAAUGCGUUUACACUCGGGCCUGGCUCAGAGUUCUGCCUCUCGCAACCGGGUUUUGUGCCGUCGAGUCGCAAUCCAGACUUUAUGCUGCGGUGCGCGUCGCUCCGGGCGUGUCCGGGCAACAACGUGUGCGGGACCGGAUACGAGGGCGAGGCGUGCUCGCAGUGCGCCAAGGGCUACUAUCGCAAGUCCGGCGAGUGCGAGGGCUGCCCCAGCAGCGGAACGCAAGCGUUCAAGCUCCUUUUGCUGGUAAUCUUUGUCCUUGUUAUGGUCGCAGUCCUUGUUAGCUUUGCGUACAUCGACAUUAAGCUUGAUCUCAAGGGUCAAGCGCGCCUGAUGUUUGCACGGCUGCGAUCGCACCUGACGCUUGGCGCGGUGUUCCUCGCAUACGCGCAGCUGGUGGCUAUUCUCCGCAGCCUCGACGUCCGGUGGUCGUCGGCCAACCUGCUCCUCUUUGACCUGCUGGGCAUUGCCAACUUUAACCUUGAUCUCAUGGCGGCAGAGUGCUCGUCGGAUGCCUUUGACUACACCACCAAGUGGAUGCUGGGUGUGGCUGGGCGGCUGUCGCUCAUCGGCAUGCUGUGGGUGGCGUACGGCGCGACCCGGCUGGCGCGGACCCGGACAAUGGCGGUGACGAGCACGCUCUUUAUGUACGCUGGCCUGCUCGCACGAACGCUGGAAAUCUUCGACUGCACUCGGCAGCUCGAUGGAUCGUACCACCUCGAUGCCGAACCGUCGCGGGUCUGCUUCUCCGGAGGGUGGUGGGUAGCGAUGGCGCUGGUGGCCCUGGUUGUGGCCGUCGGGUUUGGUCUCGGUGUCCCGGUCGCGAUCUUCUGGUUCCGCAAGACGUCUGCUUUUGACGAGCUUGGCCUGUACAAGUUCCACCGGCGGUUUGCGGUGUGGGAGGUAGUCAUCACCGCGCGCAAGUUCACCUUUGUCGGGGCCAUUAUGUUUUUCUCCUCGCGGCCGAUGGUGGCGGCAGUGCUGGCACUCACAGUAGUCCUCGUCUCGCUCGUGGCGCAGUUGUGGAAGCGGCCAUUCAUGUACAAGCAGCACAACGUGCUGGAGUCAAUCCUGCUUUGCGUGGCGGCGGUGAUCCUCAUCGGUGUCAUGUUCCUUGCUCGUGGCGGGAGGAGCAUCUCUGAUGGCCAAUGGAUGGCCAUCCAGGUGCUUGUCGGCCUCUGCUUUGCCUUUGCGCUCCUCGCCACCAUCACCACCCUCAUCUGGUCGCUCACUUCUCUCGAGGUCCUUGAUGUGGAAGAGGACAACGCCCUCCACGCCAUCGAAAAUGCCGAGGAGAUCGAGCUCGACUCGGCAGCGCUCGCCGUCUGCCCCGGUCCCGCCACCGACGCGGCGGUCUCCCCACCGGCGGCGCCUGACCACCCGCGGUCGCUCAAGCUCGGCGACGAGGUGCUCUGGCAGGGCGCGCGGGGCUACAUCCGGUUCAUUGGAAAGACCCUGUUUGGAGCUGGGGUGUAUCUGGGUCUGGAGCUGGUCGAGCCGAGGGGCAUGUGCAACGGGUCGUGGGCCGGCAAGACGUACUUCAAGACCCGCCCCGAUUGCGCCGUCUUUGUCCGCAAGGGCGACGUCGAGCUCACCUACGAUCCGAAGCGCUCCUUCCGCCGCAGGACGCUCCGGCAGGCGCAGGAGUUUGAGAAGAGCCUGCGGGCAGAAACGGAGCUGGUUGUCGGUGCACGGGUCAUUGUUGCCCACCGCAUCGGCACGCUCGAGUACAUCGGCACGCUCAAGGGCGCGCCCGAGUCAGAGACCUGGUAUGGCAUCCGCCUCGAUUUUCGCGUCGCCGACAUCCUCUCGGUCUGCUCCACAGACGCCAACCUGUACCGUACAGUCGGCCCGGCCGACGGCUCGAUCAUGGGUGAGCAGUACUUUAGCUGCGAGGUCGGCCACGCGCUUUUUGCCCGCCGCGACGCCAUCACCCUCGCCACCCGCGAAGCGCUCAUGAAGCACUACUCGGAAAAGGCCGAGCGCAACACCCGUCAGCCGCACCACAUUGUCGGCUCGCCCAAGUCGACGCCGCGGUCGCGGCCGCAAACCGCGCCGCCGUCGGCGUCCAAGCAGGCGAGCCCGAUUGCGCCGCCCGCGCCGCGCGAGGUCGACUCGCGCCCGCCGAUGGUCCGCGCUCUCGCGCGCCGCAAGGCCAAGAAGGCGUACUACUCGUCGAUGAUUGGCAAGCACGUGGUUGCCAACGGCCGCCGCGGCACCAUCCGCUUUAUGGGCAAGACUCACUUUGCGCCGGGCGUGUGGGUCGGCCUCGAGCUCGACACGCGCGACGGCAUGCACGACGGCACCUUUCAGGGCCGCACCUACUUUGAGUGCCCUUCCGAGCGCGGUAUCUUUGUCCGCGAGUCUGCGCUUUCGCUCCCCAAGCCGGCGACGGACAUGGUUGUGGAUGGCGAGACGCCGCCGACGUCGCGGCCGACGACCUCGGCGGGCUCGUCGUCGCGCUCGCUCCGUCUCCCACUGUUGGCUACCUCGUCGCUUGCGGUGGCGCGGGCUGACACUGCGCUCUCGCCGUCAUACUGCCCGAGCGGCCUUCCCAACGCGGCGACCGCGGCGACGCCGGCAGCCACAUUUGUGGCCGAAGAAGUGGUGGCCUGGCCGAGCGAGCUUCGCGAGGCCAGCACCGACCUCGCCUCGCUGGCCAGCGGCCUUGUUGGCGUCGCACGCACCAUAGCAGCGCCGCUUGCGCCAACCCAGCGCUCGCUUGCCUGGGUCGUCUUUUGCUGGGUCUCCCGCAAUAUUGCCUUUGACGAAGACGGUUUUCUGUCGAGUGAUCCCGGCGGGCUGGAGGCGUCGCCGUCGGCGGCGGCGAUGCAGGCCGCGGCGAACUCGGCGCUCUCAAGCCGCAAGGCAACGUCGCUCGGCCUCGCCUCGCUAGUGGCACUGCUUCUCGGCGCGGCGCCCAAGGAGCUGCGGCCGGCGGUAGGGCUCAACUUUGGCUUUGCAAAGCAGUACGGAUUUGAGGCCGGUGCGUCGUUUGAGGACACCGCGCCCGACCACUAUUGGCUGAGUAUGGCGCUGAGCGACGAAGACAGGGGAGUUCUGUCGAUGGAUCCGACGUGGGCGGCAGCGGCGCGGACCGGGCUCAAGCCUGCGGCGCAGUCGCCGCCUGCGGCGCUGUUCUACUUUGACAUGCCGCCGCGAGCGGUGGCAGCCUCGCACUAUGCACUCGCCGGUCCGCAGGUUGCGGACAAGGAGCGCAACGUGCGUGCGCUGGACGAGUUUGAUGCCGCACUCUGCGCCACGCCGCUGUUGUGGCUGUACGGACUGGAUCCGCCACGACAGCAGGGCUGCGUCCUCCGGCCGGCCGAGACGCUGUUCUCGUUUGAUCUCCGGUUCGACGCAGCGUCGGGCCUUUCGGGCUUUGACAUUGCGCUGGCGGGGCGGCUGCGGCUAGCGGGUGCGUACCGGAUGAUGGCACUCGGCGACUCGUUUGCCGAGGCCUUUGCCGACUCGUCGUGGGUCCUUGUCCAGUCGGCGAGCCACGACCUGUGGACGGUCCAGGUGCGGCUGCCGUCGCUAGAUCGUGAGUACAUGCUUGAGCUGUACGGACGCGACUUGGCCGGACGCGAGGCAGCGCCGCGCAACGCCGCGCUUCCGGACGACGCCACGCGUGUGCUGCAAUACCGGAUCCAGCCGACACGGCCUGUCCCGCCGAUGCUGGGCGCAUCGUCGUCAGCGUCGCUCCUGGGCUCGGCGCGGAGCCUGGCACGGGCACCGGCACGUGUCCGCGAGCUCACGCCGGCGUUCUGUGGCUUCCCCAAGCUAGCACUGACCCGGCUUGCGCCGGGAUGUGUCCUCUACUCGCCGCUCGCCGAGUAUCUCGAGCUCGGAGCGGCGGUCACGUUCUCGAUCCGGCUUCCGUACGCCGCCAAGAUGGAGCUGCUGGGCAAGGGUUUCGUCCACGUUCUCCGGCGGUCGCUCAAGCACUCGAAUGACAUUGCGACGAGCGGGCCGAAGCAGCUGUCGGCGCUAGAGCGCGCGUCCCGGCCGAGCCCGCCGUCUUCCCGCGGACCAGCUACGCCUGCACGGAGAAAAGGGCGGCGGAGCCGGAGCCUGCUGGCGUCCCAAAUCUCGCCGGUGCGGCGGCACGGCCGGCUCGACACGCCGUCCAAGUUCAUGGUGCUUCCGCCGGCUGUCCUCGGCGCGUCGAUCGAGCAGGGCGAGCUUCCGGACGAGGCCCACGCCAUGUUCACCGGCAAGUUCACCCUCUCUGCGCCCGGCAUGGUCACCCUUGUUGCCACCAACCUCCUCGGCAAGCGCGUCACCGUCUUCCGCUUCAAGGUCACGCAAUCGUCGUAGCCAGCCUACCUCAUGGCCAGCUCUAAACCCG